CGUAAAACUGUGGUAACUGUGGCGUUCGGCUGCAGAGAUGCGAGACACAGAAAAACAACGAGAAACGCGGGCAAGGGAAAGACGAGGAGACACGGAGGAGGAAGGAAACCAGUGAUAAAUACAGACAAAAAAAAAAAAAAACAAAACACCUGAGAUGUUUCCACGCGCCGAGGAGCACCGUCUGCGCUGCGCUCUUUGGAGAUAAAAACGCGCAGAAGGAGCUCGGAUCGAUCCGAAUUCGAGGAGGUGGUGGUUGUGGGGGGGUGGUGUGAGGAGGAAGGAGGACGGGAGGGGUCGAUCAUGGGGAACGAAGCGAGCCUGGAAGGAGGCGAAGGGCCGCCGUCUGGGCUACCGGAGGGGCUGGCACCUGACGGGAAGGGCGGCUUCGUCCGGGUCUCCGACGGGACUCCGGUCAACCUGAGCGAGGAGCAGCGGAGGCAGCUCGCCGCGGCGAUGUCAAGGGCGCAAAGCAGGCAGCCCGGAGGCGCAGCAGCUGCACGAAGAAUUUCAGAGUCUGAUGCCCAGCAGCGUUCCCAGCAGGUAGGGGCCUCCAGGGGCCCGACAGGUCUCAGUAAAAGCCGAACUGUUGACGCUUUCAACCAGGGUCCACCUGGGAAGCCCACGCCGGGCCGCAGCCCCUCAUCUCUCAGCCUUUUUGAAUCCAGAUUCCGGCAGGAGCCUAAAGACCCUGAGGCCAAGUCAUCCGGCAUGUUUGGCUCCAGCUUCCUCAGCGGGGCCAACCCGCUCAGCGCCGUGUCGUCUAUGACCUCCUCGGUCUCGUCCUCCAUCACCUCCAUGGGAGAUUCUGUCAACAUCCCCAAGUUUGGACUGUUUGGGGACGAGGAGGAGGAAGAUGCAUCUGCAGCACCUGAGGCCAAGCAGGGAGGGAAACCACCAGGGAAGGGCCCCCAGCAAGGGCCGGGGCCAAAGGGACCACAACAGGGAGGGCCCCAGAGACAGGGCCAGGGUCCUCCUGGACAGGGGCCAAAGCCCGGGCAAGGACCCCCCGGUCAGGGGCCGAGGCAAGGUCAGGGUCAACCAGGUCAGGGACCACCAGGUCAGGGGCCCAGGCCAGGCCAAGGACCACCAGGUCAGGGACCACCAGGCCAAGGCCCUCCAGGUCAGCAAGGACCCAGGCCAGGCCAAGGUCCUCCUGGUCAAGGACCUCCUGGGCAGGCCCCCAGGCAAGGUCAGGGACCACCAGGCCAAGGCCCUCCAGGCCAACAAGGACCCAGGCCAGGUCAAGGGCCACCAGGGCAAGGUCCUCCAGGCCAACAAGGACCCAGACCGGGUCAAGGGCCACCAGGUCCAGGAGCCAAGCAGGCUGGCCCUCCCCAGCAAAAAGGAGGCCCACCACAACAAGGACCUGGGAAGCCUGGGCCCACACAACAGGGACCACAAGGCCCUGGGGCUCGUCCUGGGGAGCCAGCAAAGAGUGGUGGGCCUCCUGCUCAGCAGGGAGCUGGAAAGCCUGCAGGUGGACUCUGUCCACUGUGCAAAACCACUCAGCUGAAUACUGGAUCUAAGGAACCGCCAAACUACAAUAACUGCACAGAGUGUAAGAACCAGGUGUGCAGCCUCUGUGGCUUCAGCCCCCCAGACUCAGAGGGUAAAGAGUGGUUGUGUCUGAACUGUCAGAUGCAGCGAGCGAUGGGAGGAAUGGAUCCUCCUGGUAUGACCAAACCCAAGCAGGGCUCUGCUCCUCCCUCGCCGCAGAGACAGGCAUCUGGCAAACCUGGCAAGCUGCUCAUAAAGCAGCAGAGCACCAGCGACCAGGGGUUAACGCCACCGACCACACCGAGGCAGAAAUCUCCAGGUCCUACGUCUCCAGGACCGCUCUCUCCGGGUUCCUCAAUGGGAGGAUCCCCCAAAAUCGACCCCAAGACAGGUCGCCCCAUCCAGCAGAAGUCCAGCCCCCAGCAGUCUCCAGCUAAACCCAAACAGGAGUCCAGCUUCUUCGGAGGGUUAGGGGGCAUCAGUUUAGGAGGCCUCACAGAUGCAGCUAAGCCUCCUGCAGCUGCUUCACAAGCUGCCGAGUCCGUCACAGGGAAGCUGUUUGGCGGCUUCGGUGGCUUGAUGGAUUCGUCGAAACCUCCAGCGCAGGCUGCUCCAAAGCAGGAGGAGUCGGUGACUGGGAAGUUGUUCGGAGGUUUUGGAGGGUUGACAGAGUCGGCUAAACCUCCCGCUGCUGCUUCUCAAAUGUUUAGCUUCGGAUCGUCCCUCUUGAACUCGGCCACCAAUCUGGUCACUGGGGAGGACGAGAAAGCGGCUCCUGCCGGGUCACCGCCAGAAUCUCCAGUUGAUUCAGGACCAGGUUCUCCUCCGGAUUCCGGCCCCGGCUCACCACCCGACUCCCCCUUCUCUGCUCCCGGUUCGCCGCCUGAUUCAGACUCUGCUCCUGACUCUCCACCUGCUAAGUCUAAGAAACCCCCCAGAACCAUUUCUGUGGAGAAGGAAGAGAAGAUCCAAGCAAAGGAGCCGGUUCCAGCAGCCGCCAAGGCUAACUGUCCUCUCUGUAACGUGGAGCUGAACAUGGGAUCAAAAGAUGCACCAAACUACACCAACUGCACCGAGUGCAAGAAGGCAGUGUGCAAUCUGUGUGGAUUCAAUCCCACUCCUCACUUAGGAGAGAAAGAAUGGCUUUGCCUCAACUGUCAGACCCAGAGAGCCAUGUCAGGCCAGCUGGGAGACAUGCCACCUCCAUCCAUGGCUUCCCCAAAGAAGCAACCACCUGCUCCUGCUCCUUCCUCCUCCCCUGCCCCUGCUGCUGUAGAUAGCAAACCUGUAGUAGAAGCAGCAGACCAACCCCCACCAGCCUCUGAGGCCAAGGUAGUACCUUCAGCUGUUCCCACAACCACACCUGAUAGUGCACCAGUUUCACCUGAUCAUAGUACCCCUCCUCCUGAGGACAUCCCACAGGAAACACUGCAGUCAACAGAGCAUAAACAACCGCCAGCAGAUGAAUCAGUGUCAGAGAGUGUAAUUCAUCCUGAGCAAGAAGCUCCAAUUUCAGAUGAUUUAGCUGAUAGUAUUCCAGCAGCCCCACCAGUUGAGCAAGAGCAGAACAGCAGUGAGAAAAUAGCAGAGGACCAUCCUCACCCCGAGACUCAGCCAUCUGAUUCUGAUCAGCAAAUGCAAAGUACAACUGUCAGUGAAAUCCCAGCAGUUGAGCAACAACAGAAGGCAGCAGAGGAUGACCCUCAGCCUGAUGCAGAGGUACCUAAUGUAGAGCAACAAGCACAGAGUGCACUUGUCAGUGAAACCUCAUCAGCUGAGCAACAACAAAAGGUAGCAGAGAACCAACCUCAAUCUGAUACACAGGCAGCUGAUUCUGAUCAACACAUGCAAAGUGCAACUGUCAGUGAAAUUACAGCAGCUGAUCAACAACAGAAAGUAGCAGAGGACCAUCCUCAGCCUGAUGCAGGGAUUUCUAAUGUUGAGCAACAAGCACAGAGUGCACUUGCCGGUGAAAUCCCAGCAGUUGAGCAACAACAGAGUAGCUCUGAGAAUGUGACAGAGAACCUUUCUGUGUCUGUGGAAGGUGAGAUGCAAAAUCUGUUGACUAAUACAGGUUUAGACAAGACAUCAGUCCCAGCAGAGGUAGAAACUGAGCCAAAUCCCAUGAUUACUCAGAGUGGGGCUGCAGCUCCCCAGACAGAUAAUGAGAAAGUGGAGCCCGCUCCAGAAAAGCUUCCAGAAGUGACAACAAAUUCAGUUGAGCCAAAACCUCCUCACUUGAUCCCUGAGGAAGUCACACAAAACGCUGGCCCUGUUCAGCCUGAUUCUAUAGCUGCAGAUGUAAAAGAGGAGAAAGUAAUAGAGGUCACAGCUGAGAAACCUCCAAUAGAUGAACCCCAACAUGCUCCAGCAGCUCAAACUCCAUCAGAUACAGUAGAAACAGCUGUCAAUGAAGACAAAGCAGACAUCACUACAAAACUUGAUCCUGAUAAUGUAACACCUAAUGUUGAGAGUAAUGUUACUGCAGAAAUAAUAACAGAAGCAGAACCAAUAGCUCCUGCUGACAAAGCUGAUGUCCCUACACCUGACAAGACUCAACAAGAAUUAAACUCAGAACCAGAAAAGUUUGUAGAAUCUGAGAGCUCUUCAGUAGAAUCAGAAGCACAUCCUGCCUCAGCUUCAGAGGAGAAAAGUCAGGCAAAUGCAGUGGAAAACAAACCCAUAAUAAAAGAAAAUGAGCCUACUCCACCUAAUGUGGCAAAUAAUUCUGUUGCUCCACUUGAAGAAGAAACUAAAGCUAUGGAAAAAGCAAAUGAGGAGAAGGCUGUUGAAGAUAAAGUUUCUCAGAAUGUUAUUAGUACGGAAGAAACAGCUAAACAGAUACUACCUGGGAGGGCUGAUGAGGAAGCAUCAGUUGAGAUAAAAACAAACGCAGCUGCAGAGAGGGUUACUGAGGCAAAAGCUGACGAAGGGAAAGCUUCUGAAGAAGAGGCAAUUGAAAAGAAAACAGUUGAGAUGGCAAAUGACCAGAAACCUCUGGAGGAGACGCUUAAUAAAGCAGAAUCAAGUCCAGCAAUCAGCUUCAGUGAAACAGAGAGCAGUUGUCUUGUAAUAGAGAAGAAAGAACCAGAAACAGCAGGGGAGCCCGCUCCAGCUGUCCCUGAGGAAAUGCCAAAAGAAGAAAAUGAGAUAAAUAAAGAGACAGAACCAGGAACAAAGUGUGAGCCUGCUGGGGAAAGCCAUGUUGAGACAGUAUCAGCAUCAGAGAAGUCAGAAGAGAAAGAGAAGCCUGCGAUCGAAGUGGAGAGUGUGUCAGAGAAAGAUGAAAAGCAGACACCCGAAGCAGAUGAUAAAUCUGAGAAAGCAAAGGGUAUUUCUGUUCCUCCAACUCCUGAUUCUGAGGAACAAGAAAAGGUCAAUGUCAAGGUGCCAGAGCAGAGUGUUGAGGUGUCAUCCUCCGCUAUUAUUAGUAAGACUCAAGUCAGCGAUAAAACCUGUGAGGAGAAACUCCUCCAGGAUGAGACAGAAGCCGGUUCACGAAGCACUAAUGCUGAAAAUCAACAUGAAGUAGAGAGAGAGGCAUUAGCUGUGACAGGCAACGAGAAAAAACAGCCUGAGAAAGUUGCCGAGCCGUCAACCAAAGAGGAGGAAGCAAAACAGGACAAAAAAGAGGAUGAGUCACAACCUGUUGCUGACAACAUCCCGGAAACUAUUUCAGUAUCAGAGGCAAGCGCUGUGUGCGACAAAGAUGGCACUGCAGAGCUUGAUGUAGGAGAGAGCACGAGAUCAAAGAAGGAUGAAGUAUCAGAGGCAGCUUCUGAAAAUGGAGGUGCACCCGUAUCAGUAGCUUCAAUCCCUGUAACAGAACCUGAAAUUCUAGUUUCUGUAGUUAGUGAGCAGGAAGAAACCCCAAAGGAGGAGAACAUGGUGGAGAAAAAGGAGGCUGAAGCUCAGCCUCAGGAAAAGCUCAGCGAUGAAGCUGCUGUCUCUGAGGUAAGACCGGUGGAGAUGUUGAAAGAGCCUGGAGUGAAAGAAGUGGCUGCCAAAGAGGGCAGUCCCACCAGCCCAUCAGACAUAGCAAAGCUAGAGAGCAGCGUCCUUCCCAUUCUGGAGGCCCAAGCAGGCACAAAAGAAGAGGAGAAACAAACGGACACUCUAAAGAGCAGACGUAAAUUAGAGGUCCUUCCUCUCUCACCUGAUUCACCAAGUUCAGAAGAGGACAGAGAACUUUCUGAGAAGAAUGCCAAGGGGACCACAAAGAAAAAGCUACUUGUGCCCAUGGAUAUCAGGGCGGAUUCCCUGGAUGAUAGCAGUGAAAGCUUUGGAAAAGAAAGCCCAGUGUCAGGAGAUGAUGAGGACUUUAUCAGAAAACAGAUAAUAGAAAUGAGUGAGAAUGAGGAUGCUUCUCCAUCUGAUGAGGAAAAUCUCGUGCGGCGAAAAAUCAGAGAGGAAGAGAAGAAACAAAUGGAACAGAAGAAAUCAGAGACUAUGGAAAAGAGUACAUCAGGUAAAGCCAGACGACUUACCAAGAAAACCACAAUAAGUCCAGAUGAUGAAGAUAACGAGCUCAGAAUGUCAUUGGAUAAACCUGAUACAGGCAAAGAGGAGGGAUCAGAAACAAAAGAAAAGGAGCCUCAGAGUGGUACUGCAGUUCGCAAAUUCCAAACUAUGGAGCUGAAUGCAACCAGCAGCCCUAUCCGUAUACCCAAUGAUGAUGGCGAGCCUGAAAUGGAAAGCCUGACAGACUCUCCGGAUGAUCGGUCGAGAGGUGAGGGGUCAUCCAGUCUACAUGCAUCCAGCUUCACUCCUGGAACAUCCCCAACAUCCCUGUCAUCACUGGAUGAAGACAGUGACAGUAGUAGUCCGAGCCAUAUCCGUUCUGGUGAGGGCAAGCAACACAGGAAAGCCAAACACAGACAACCUGGUCAAACGUUGCCAACUAUCGAAGACUCUUCUGAGGAAGAAGAAUUAAGGGAAGAAGAGGAGCUGCUCAGGGAGCAAGAAAAACAGAAGGGCUCAGGGAAAAAAUCAAAGAAAGACAAAGAGGAGAUUCGAGUCCAGAGGAGGCGAGAGCGUCCAAAGACACCACCAAGCAACCUUUCUCCUAUUGAAGAUGCCUCACCAACUGAAGAGCUGAGGCAAGAAGCCGAAAUGGAGGAGAUCAGACGAUCGUCCUGCUCAGACUUCUCCCCGAGUAUUGAAUCAGAUCCUGAAGGGUUUGAAGUCCAUGCUGCGAAGAUCGCGGCAGUCCAGAAAACAUACCAACUGCCUACAUCAGUAUCUCUUCACUCCCCAACAGAUGAUCAAAAUAUUGAUAAAUCAGAGAAAAAACCUCUCAAAUCUGCUGAUGAGGCUUAUGAAGAAAUAAUACUAAGGGCUAAGUCACCAACACUUGACAAAGGUGAGAUUCAACCAAUAAAAGAGUCUCUUUAUGGAGGCAUGCUCAUUGAAGACUAUGCCUAUUCAUCUCUUAUUGACAAUUCAACAGCUGAUCUAGGGGAACCAGAGAAGAUUGCUGUUCCUGCACAGCCCAAAAAGCUGAGAUCACCAGAUGAAGUUUAUGAAGACAUGAUAAAAAAGAGGAAGGAAUUCAUGCAGCUGGAGCAGGAAUACCAAAAUAUGCAGCCAAAGAAGGAAAGCAUUGCCCCAGAAAUUGUUCUACAACCUGCUGAGAAUAUCAUCUCGAAAAGUAACACAGUAACAUUAGGCAAAGAUGGGAAGCCAUUGUUGGAUGCUGAAACUGCCUAUGAAGAGCUAAUGAAAAGAGUCCUGACUCCUGGAACAAGUCCAACCCAGCAGGAGCCAGAAGUGGAUGCCACUGCAUCUAGAAAGGCACUCCACCCCAUCCCAGACUUAAGAGUGACCCAGUGCUCUUCAGGAGAGUUGUCUUCUGAUGAUGAGAGUAUAAUUAAAAAGGAAGAGGAGAUAACAGCAACUGAAACUGAGCCUGUGAAAGAGAUUUCUGAGCCUCCUCCAUCAUCCACAUCAGAUCAGCAACCUCACACCACAAUCACAGCAUCUCAGGCUGAUGCUGUAGACUUAUCCGGUGCACUCACAAAAACAUCAGCCCCUGUGAUUGCCAGCGUACCACCCUUGCCCACAGUCCCGCAGUACACACCGAGUAUACCCAGUGUAGUGUCAACUGCCCCACCUGUGCCCCCUAAGCCAAAUGUCCUGCGUAGGGCUAGCUCUCAGGAAAAAGCAGAAGAACCUGUUGCACCACCACUGCCUCCUCCCACCCCACCAAAACCUACCGUAUUUCCCAGGAAACCUCCAGUUCCACUUCCACCUCAGGCUUCAGCAGCUCCAAUAAGGCCAGAGACAGUGGCUGUGACAACAACCCAAGGACCACCUACAAGACAAGUAGUUACUCCAACAUACAAACCUCAUGUUCCCCCACCUGUUCCCCCAAAGCCAUCCAUUCCUGCUGGGAUUGGGGACUGCCACAGACCAGGACAUGGUGUCAAACCACCAAUUGCUCCAAAGCCUGGCUCACAGCCUUCUUCACCUGCCCAUGCUCCAUAUCCAACAAGGCCCACUGUACUUCCCACAAGUUCUAAUGAGAUCAUCCUGAAUCUGAGCCCAUCCUCUGAGAGCAAACCAUUUCAACCCUCACCAAAGUCUCCUCCUUCUCCAAGAUAUGCCAGCAAUCUUCGUGACACAUACGUGGUUAUCACACUGCCAUCUCAGCCUAGCUCUCCAGUAGACAGUGUCACAACUCAAGCUCCGUCUAGCCCUGGCCCAGCAUCUCCUUCACGCCAACCACAGGAUGGGAGUUAUCACCAACCACCACCUCAACCUCAGUCAUAUUCACAGCAGCAUCAACAACCAACUUAUCCUCAGAAAACCAGGGUUCCUCUGGCAUACACACGAGUCACAGAAUCCAUUGAAAGUCAAGAGAUUUGUGGCCCAGAAAAACAUGUAUCCAGUUCUUGUCAUAUAAUUGAGGCUGUAUCUGCCUCAGCUCAGGCACCUGUGGUUUUGCCAAACCUCAUCUCUCAAGUGGUUACCACAGAAGUCCAAAGGACCACUGUCUCUGUUGUUCAUGAAAGGACUUCACCACCAGUACCAGCGCCCAGGGCAAAUGGGGUUCCAGUCUCGUUGGAGAAACCCAAGCCCCAGUUGCAAGCACAGAAUGGUCAGGCCUUCCAACCUUCUGAGGUGGUGGAUCUUAGGACUAUGAAGGUGGACCCCGAAUCAGACAUGAAUGGUGUGGAUCUGUCAGCUGGCCCAGACUCAAGACGUCAGUCCUUUGCAAGUGAUGUCAGUCGUCAUAACAGUGCAGUGCAGUCACCUGUGGUCAACCUUAGUGCUGAAUCAUCUACUGUUUCUAUAGUGACGGAUAGCAUCACCAUUGUGACCUGUUCUGCCACAAUCCAGCAACAUGACAAUGUAGACACCAGUCAAGCAUCUUCAGUGCCCCUUCAAUUAACAAAAAAUAAGUCCUUUGAACCAGUUUCUCAAAUUAUAUAUCGGCCAAUUGACUCUCAGCCCUUCACUCAUGCUACCACAGAGAUUCCUAUUAACCUCUCAGUUGGAUCAAGCACAGGUGGAGGAACUUUCCAGACCAUCCCUGUCACUAUUGCACCCACUUCUGUUGCAAAUUGUGUAGCCAAUGGAUUACAUACUGGUACAACCACAGUGGCAGGAGCUGUUGACCUCAGCACAGCAAAACCCUUCAACACUGUGGUAUCAGUGGAUGCUGCGUCUGCAGAAGUGGUCACAGCUGUAAUCACAGAUGAUGGCAAACCAGUGGAUCUAACUGCAGGAAAAAGAGCUGUAUGCUGUGAUGUUGUGUACAAGCUCCCAUUUGCAGGAAGUUGCACUACUCAGCAACCUACCACACCUCUGCCCGAAGAUCGUUUUGGAUAUCGUGAUGACCAUUAUCAGUAUGAUCGAUCAUCGUAUGGCAUGAGAGGGUUUGGAGGGAUUAAACCAUCAAUGUCAGACACUAAUUUAGCAGAAGCUGGCCUGUUCUUUUACAAGAGUAAGAACAGCUAUAAUUUCAGUGGCACGACAGAGGGUGCAGUAGAUCUUACCUCAGCAAAGAUUUCUGAUGCAGGUGAAGCUGUUGACUACUCCAAGAAAGGGGCUUACGCAGGAAUGACUAUUCCACCCUAUUCUCAAGCCAGAGUCACAAGUGCUGCUGGUACACUCUUUGGUACAAGUAGUGUUUUAAGGUCUUCAAAUGGAGUGGUCUAUUCUUCUGUUGCAGCACCAAUUCCAUCUACAUAUGCCAUUACUACCCAGCCUGGGUCCAUAUUUAGUACAACAUACAAUACCCUGUCAGGUAUGCACACCAGCGACACCAUGCCUUCCCUGUCCAACCUCCAAAACUUGCCACUUACACGGUCCCACAGUUUUCUCUCAACCAUCUCCACUACUGAAACAGAAGAACAAGGAGAUGCCCCACUCAAUCUGGAGAUGUCUAGAGCAGGUACUACUGCUGUUAAUGCUGCCACUACUGCAACAACCUCUUUAUCCCUUGACUACACUGAUGCAUCCCUGGAGGCCAUAGCUGCUUCACUGGAGGCUCUGUCUUCACCCAUGGUUCCUGGGGAUGGCCAGUAUCAAGCAGAGCGUGAAAGGCUCGAAAUGGAGAAACUCAAGCAACAGCGCCUGGCUGAGGAAUUAGAAUGGGAGCGGCAGGAGAUUCAGCGAUUCCGUGAACAAGAACAGUUCCUGGUACAGAAGGAACUGGAGGAGCUGCAGGCUAUGAAGCAGCAGAUAUUGUCCCAGCAAGAGGAGGAAAGACAAGCUCACCUUAUGAUGCAGAAAGAAACUUAUGCUCAGCAACAGCAGCAGCUUGAGCAAAUUCAGAGACUCCAAGAGCAACUUCGUUUGCAACUGGAAGAGCAAAAGCUUCGUCAGAUGUAUCCUGGUGGGGACAUACCAGGGCAUGGUGUGCAGGAGGCACUUGUCUUAGGACCUGAUGGCACAGUACUAGCCAGAAAGAUCACAGAUAGUGGGUGCCAAACAGAUGAAGAAGAUGAAGCAGUCAGCAAAGCUUACACAGCAGGGAGAAAAAAGAGAAGUGUUAAAAAGAGUGUUGACAGUUGUGUGCAGACUGACGAUGAGGAUCAAGAGGAAUGGGAGGCUCAGACCAGAAGUCGACAAGGCCGGCCACGUACUGCCAGGGGUGAUCGGGGUGGGCAGUCAGAGAUGUCUCUUCAAGCCCACACUGAGAUUUCUAUACAAACAGAUACAGAGGGGAACAUUAUAAUGGACACCAGGAUGGAGCUGUCAGACUCUGAAAGGACAUCGCCAAAGAAACGACCUACUCCCCUAGAAAUAGGUCAGUCUCCUAACCUCAAAGCUGAUUCUUCUACACUUCAAGCCCAUCCUAAAUCCCCCAAAGUACUCUAUUCUCCCAUAUCACCCUGUAUAUCACCGAGUAAAUCCCUUGAGUUUGUGUCCUAUGAUAAAUCCCUAGGUGAUACAAGCCCACAAAAGCUAAGAGGAAGUACGGAUCCAUCAAAGGCCUCGCCAGCAAGUCCGAGAGGGUCAAAAUCCAUGCAAAGAUCCAUGUCUGACCCUAAGCCCAUGAGUCCAACAGGAGAAGAAAGAGCAACAUCCGGCACCCAGUAUGGUGAUAGUGGGAAAGGCUCAGGUGGUACACCAACAGGCACUCAAAAGAAGGUGAAGAGGACUCUCCCAAAUCCACCAUCAGAGGAUGAGUCGACAACAACUGGCCAGACAGCAUACAGCACUGGUUCUGCUCGCCGAAGAAUGUGUCGUAACUCCAACAUGGCACGUGCAAAGAUCCUACAAGACAUUGAUCGUGAGCUAGAUCUGGUGGAGCGUGAGUCCUCCAAGCUCCGCAAAAGACAAGCAGAAUUAGAUGAAGAGGAGAAAGAGAUUGAUGCAAAGCUUAGGUACUUGGAGAUGGGCAUUAAUCGGAGAAAAGAUGCGCUACUGAAGGAGAGGGAGAAGAGAGAAAGGGCCUACCUACAGAGUGUUGCAGAGGACAGGGACUACAUGUCAGACAGUGAGGUCAGUAACAUACGAGAGACAAGAGGUGGGCGUGGAGGUGGUGAGGAUGAGGAGAUUGAAGAGCAUGGUCUUGAACGUCCCAGGACAGCUCCUCAGUCAGAGCUGGAUGACUUUGUCCCACCUCAAACCAAGCAUGAAUAUGGCAAAUACUCUCAGUACCAAUACCCUCAAAGCCAAUACCAGCAGUCUCUCUACCAGACUCCCCAGUCCUAUCAGUCCCAUUCGAUCUACUCUUCUGUCCCAUCACUCACUAGCUCCCAGCAGCAGAGUUACCACCAGAUGCUUUUGUUGCAGCAGAAAGCUGCUAGGCAAGCAGCCCUCCUCUCAGAGCUGGAGUCAACUAAAUAUGAUGUCAUUAGCCGUCAGCCUGAUCCCACAUCAUCACCUUACCUGGGUGUCAAGUAUGACAAAUAUGGCAACCACCUUGACCUCAGAGCCUUGGAGGUGGGAAGUAUGGCAGGCAGCCCAAUGUCAGCUGUCUCUGAUUCCUACUACACAGAAGUAGAACACCACACACCUCGGAGUUACAUGCUGCUGGAAGAUGCUGCAGAACUAGCUAAAGGUUCCACGGGACUUUCUUCAUCUUAUAGUCUGGCUGAGAGGGAGCUGGCUAAAGCAGAGAAGUUGUUGCGUAGAAGUGCUGCAGAUCUAGGCUCUACAGACUAUUUGGGGUCCACCUCCAGACUCCAUACUUUUGGAAAGACCCCUGAUGAAGAGGAUACAAUGGAGGAACCAUAUGAACUGAAACUUCUGAAACAACAGCUCAAGCAGGAAUUUAGGAGAAGCACGGGUGGAACAGAAAACUUAGAACAACUGACAGGUCUCUCACAGCAUUACUAUACUCCAAGCUCUGGUAUAUCUAGUUAUUCCCAAAGACACUAUCCAAAGUCAGAAAAGUACAGCAUCAGUCGACUUACUCUUGAGAAGCAAGCAGCUAAGCAACUCCCGGCAUCUAUGUUGUACCAAAAACACAAAACCCCACUGCUAGAUCCUAAAAUAUCCUCCAAGUAUUCCUCUAUUACAGACAGCAGAGCUUUGGAGACAGACUAUACCAGCUAUCUUGGGUCUACCAGUGCAUCCCCGAGAUCAAGCCGGCUCAUGCAGGAUGAGAUUACCUUUGGCCUUCGUAAGAAUAUUGCAGAGCAACAAAAGUACCUUGGAUCCACCUUGGGUGCCAACUUGGCUGGGUCACUAAACUUGGGUCAGAGCUUGGGCUUGGACUCUGCUUAUCCUAGUGGUAGCCGCUCAAGACCCUCAUCCAGGCCCACAUCUUGCUAUGGUCUGGACUUGUCUAUCAAAAGGGACCCUUCCAGCUCUUCACUAAGGCUUAAAGGAGAUGGAGAAGCAUCUGGAGAUGUACCAAGUUAUCAGACCCCAUCUGGUCGCACCAAACCCACUAGCCUUCCCAUUGUGCAAAGUGGGCGUGGCCGAAUUCCCAUAGUGGCCCAGAACUCAGAAGAAGAGAGUCCACUGAGCCCUGUUGGGCAGCCUAUGGGCAUGGCCCGUGCAUCAGCAGGACCUCUUCCCCCCAUCUCAGCCGAUUCAAGGGACCAAUUUGGCUCUUGCCUGUCUUUGCAAGACUCCCAACAGCAGCAACAUAUCAGAGAAGAGCCAACCAGGGGUAGGGGUUAUGUGCUGCUGGAUGACCUUCAGGGCACCAUGUCAGAUAGUGAAGCCCUAAGUGAUUCCCUGAUGGCUUUGAACAGAGACGAUGCAACCAAUGCCUACCACCUUAGACGAGAAGAAACAGACUGGUUUGACAAACCAAGAGAUGGACGGUCAGAGAAUGGACAGGAGAAGAGACAGGGAAAAGGUCCAUACUACCCCUUCCCUCAUCUCAGGGUCAAACUGCAGAGGGAUCCCAAAGACCGCAGUGUCUCAGGAAAUGGUCUGGGUAUCCGAGUGGUUGGAGGGAAGGAGGUGCCUGGCAGUAAUGGAGACAUUGGAGCCUAUGUUGCCAAAGUCCUACCUGGUGGAGCAGCAGAACAAACAGGGAAGAUUCUUGAAGGAAUGCAAGUCCUGGAGUGGAAUGGUGUUCUUCUGACGGGGAAAACCUAUGAAGAGGUACAAGGGCUCGUCGGACAGCCGUGUAAUGAGGCUGAAGUGUGUGUCAGACUUGAUCUCAACAUGCUUGCUGAGUCUGAGGGUUCCCAUCACCUGGACUUCCAGGAGCACAGCAAAGGCGACAGGCCUCCCAGGUCUCCAGGUGUUGAUCCCAAGCAGCUGGCGGCUGAGCUGCAGAAAGUGUCACAGCAGCAGGCCCCCUCGUCCACCUCGUCCUCCGGCUUGCCCGCCACCACCUCAGCCACCUCCAGCCCCGGUCAGCCCGGAUCCCCCUCCGUCAGCAAGAAACGCCACAGCAGCAAGACUUCAGAGGGAAUGAAGACCCAGUCCCACCCCAUCUCUGGAGAGAUACAGCUUCAAAUCCACUAUGACAAGCAGCUCGGCAACUUGAUUGUUCAUGUCCUGCAGGCCAGAAACCUCGCCCCGCAGGACAACAACGGCUACUCGGAUCCAUUUGUUAAAGUGUAUCUCCUACCAGGGAGAGGUCAGGUCAUGGUUGUCCAGAACGCCAGUGCCGAAAACAAGAGGAAGUCCAAACACGCAGGCAAGAGUCUGAACCCUGAGUGGAACCAGACUGUCAUCUACAAGAAUAUCCACCUGGAGCAGCUGAGGAAGAAGACUCUGGAAGUGAGCGUGUGGGACUAUGACAAAUGCUCCUCUAAUGAUUUCCUAGGAGAGGUUCUUAUCGACCUGUCCAACACCGCCCAGCUGGACAACAUCCCUCGAUGGCUGCCGCUGAAGGAGCAGAGUGAGGGGGACCACCACAGACGCUCCCACUCAGGCCAGGGCCGACACGGUUCCUCAAAACCCUCCUCACUGCACUCCUCCCCCAAAACCACUGCCUCCUCACACGAUAAUCAGGACUCCCCCAAGUCAUCUGUCAUCAAGAGCCGAAGCCACGGGAUCUUUCCAGAUCCGGCCAAGGAUACGCAGGUGCCCACUAUCGAGAAAUGUCACAGUAGUCCUGGCACAUCGAAGCCUUCCUCGUCUGAGGGCCAGAGCCAAAGCCACAGCCACGGACACAGUCAACACUCUCGCUCGCACGGCACUUCACGCUCCAGCAAAAGCGCUGCACGGCAACACCAUCAGGACAGCAGCAAUGGAAGCAGCGGAGGUGCUGCCAUAGCAACGGGCGAUGCUCAGCAUCAGUCACAGCAGCAGCCGCCACAACGCCUCCAACCAAGCCAAAGAGGCCGCCUCACGCUGAGGCACCAGAGACACAGCGUAGUGGGCGUGCUCACCAUUCAGAGAGCCCAGUCCGAUUGGCUGCCCGCCCUGCCGUCGGUCGUGUCGACCAAAGGGAGCAGAACAGACGGCAGACUCUUGACCCUCAGGAAAGCCGUGUCAGAAGAGAGGCCGCAGAGCAUCGGAGCUCGGUCGAGCUACAGAUCCAGCGAGGCCCCGGUCACCGCGGCAUCAUUGGACAGCGGUCUGAGUGGCAGCGCCUACAGCCUGCUGGACGAGGACGGAGAGACGAACGAGGUGGACAGUGCCAUCUUCCAGGUGCCCCGAUUUGGAAAAAUCCCAAAUGGAACAGAUGUGAUGAAAUCAUCAAUGGGACACGGUGACUCUGAAGGUAAGACCCAGGUAAUGGGGGAGAUCAAGAUCGCUCUGAAGAAGGAGAUGAAGACGGAGGGUGAGCACCUGGUCCUCGAGAUUCUUCAGUGUCGCAACAUCACGUACAAGUUCAAGAGUCCAGACCACCUGCCUGAUCUUUACGUGAAGCUCUAUGUGGUGAAUAUUGCCACCCAGAAGAGGAUAAUCAAGAAGAAGACCAGAGUGUGUCGUCACGACCGCGAACCUUCCUUUAACGAAACCUUCCGCUUCUGUAUGAACCCAACCGGACACUCACUGCAGCUGUUCCUAGUGUCCAACGGUGGCAAGUUUAUGAAGAAGACCCUGAUCGGGGAGGCCUAUGUGUGGCUGGACAAAGUGGACCUACGCAAGCGAGUGGUGAGCUGGCACAAGCUGCUCGCCAGCACCGCCCAGAUCCACUCAUAGGAGGAACUAAAAUAAACCCGAGAGGCAAAGACGCUUCUGAUAUCUAGGGAAACUUCGGUCUAACAUCUGUAACACUGAUCCACUUCUUGGGGUCUGGGAAAGGGUGGUUUAGGGAGUGGGAGGGGUACAAUAUCUCUUUCUUCGACCUUUGUUUCAGGGCUCAGAUAGGGUGAGUUUUGGAAGAUGCCUUCAGCGGAGUUCUGAUGAUGAUUUCUGUAGUGUUUGGAGGGAGUAGUUAUGUGUUUACAAGAAAUGAACACAUGUUUACAGGACGUACAGUGUACAGUAGUGUAGCCGGGGCUGAGGAGAACACAGGUGCUGAGUUCAGAGGUGAAGCGCGGAAUCAACCAGGUAUUACACACUUUAAUCCACAAACACACACGCACACACACACGGUUAUUUUCAACAACUUUGCACACAGUCAUUCACACAGAAGAGAAACCUUAAUAGAUACAGGAAAUGGACACACUUGUAGAUUCAAAUUUAUUUAUUUAGAUGUUUUAUCCAUGAAAGAUUCUUUAAAAAUGGACGCUUCUCAUUGCUUUAUUAUGAUCAACAAGAUUUUAUUGAUUUACAAAGCAUUUUUGGGAAUGAAAUAUUGAAGACUCUGCUACAGAGACCUCUUAUUUAUUUUUGUAUUAUGAUAUUAGCCUAGAGUUCUAUCAUUUGUCUUCUCCUCAAUUAUUUAAGUACUUUAAAAAUCUAUCCUGGGAAGGAAGUAUUUUUUCUAACACACUACUAGCAUUCCAGUUCAAGUGAAAAGAAGAAAAGAUAGCAGCAAGCAUGUUUUUGAAUUUAUUAACAAAAACUACUUGUUCCCCACCCUUUCACCUGAGCUUUAUCAAAUGAACGUUAUUGUUUGAUAAAGAAUCAAUAUUAAUAUAUAUCAAAUUGGACACUAUAUAUUGUGCGCAUGAGUCUAUCUAUUUGGUAUGCAGUGCCACAUGUUCUGCACAAAAAAAAUACACUUCUAAGGUUCACUUUGUAUAUAGUAAAGUGUCAGAGCUGGACAUGAAUUUUAACAUAUAUAAAUAGAUAUAUAUAAAUAUCUUUAUCACAGACAAUCGAGUCUUGAUGAUUGUGACUUAGAAAUUUUAUUUACCCAUGAUGCCCCCUUGAUCGUAACACAUUUACUCUAUGAGAUUUAAGCAUUUCAUGUUUUUCUUUACAAGAUCCCACCACAGUCUUAUAAAUCAGUCUGUUCAUGAGGGCAUUCAACUCAACAACGCACGCUUUUCUGGUAUUUUGCACUUUUUCUGCUUAGAAUGUAAACCCGUAAUCAUCAUCAUCAUUAUCCUGCUUAAAAUAAAGAUUUUAUUUUCAAGGUGAGGAAAGUAGAGAGGUAAAACAAAGCAGCAUCAGGAGAUGUUGUAGCGAACAAAAGACAAAUGUGCCACAAUCUAUCCAUUAAAAAGCACUAUGACCAUCCUAAGAUAUGACGCCGCUAUUGCAGUAGCAUGUUGAUGUUUUGUCCAGCCUUUUUUAUUUGUCUUGAUGUUACCACUUAUACUUUAAUUUGUCAGUGUUGUCUUCAAAACUCUGUUAUGCUCGUGAGAACCAUGUGCUUCUAUGGGGGUCAAGAAACAGUACAAAUGGUUCAUUUAACAUUUUCAGUCAAACUUAGCAGCGAAACUACACUUAAUAUCUGAGUGAUUUCUAUGCAACAUCGACUAUAUAAAAGGCAGUGACUGCAUCUUGACUUGCCCGAAAUGUGACACUUGGUGGGAGUGGAAGCAUUUAUGUUAAUUUUUAAUUUUGCACUUCUGUGUUUUCAUGUCCUCCACGAAAUGGUUACUGCUUUAAUAUUUUUUAUUUUGAUUUAACGUGUGAUUUUGUAUUGCUCUAUGAAUCUUUAUUUAUUGCCUGUGAGACUGUUUCAUAUGUUGUAUCAUAUUUGUUUACAGUACAUAUCAGGUGUACAGCAAAAAAAAGUUGAGAAAUUUUGUUUUUAUACACAAUGUAGUGCUUGUUUACAAUGUUUAGAGGGCCUAAAACUCAGAGAACCAACUUUUUUGCCCUUGUGCACGAACACACUCACAUAAGUGUCAAUUCCACAUAGCUAUGAAUCAAGUUAAUAGAAAUGAACAUUCCUAUUCAAACCAUCUUUUUAUGCACUUCCCGUUUAAAUCGCUUCAUUUUCCAGUACAUGUAUGAGAAACUACCAAAAAAAGACAACAUUGUAAUCGGUAGACAUUAUACUUGAACCAAUAGUAGUUUUGAAGUUGGCGUGUUUUUUUUUCGUUUUUCUUAAUUUGAUAUCCACAUGCUUCAUAUCAAGUCCAUGCAUGUCAUUGGCUCUGAUGCAUUUCUCUUCUUUUAAGUGCUGUCUGUCUAAAAAUAUCAAGUCUAACAAUUCUUGUUAAACACGGUGACUUACACACACUCACACAUACACACAGAUGCCAUUUCUCUAUUUCCAACCUUGUAAAUACAUAGUUUUUUUAUGCUGGGGUUUGGGGAGCAAUAGGUCUUUUAGCAGACAAAAAAAGGUGUGUGAUCAAAGAAGUAACAGGAAGUUGUUUUUCUUUUGAUCACUGUACUGUGGAUAGACUGAGAAAGGAGCUUCUGUCUGUCUAUAGGGACCCAGAUUUACCCGACCCUUUACACCAAACAAUAAAAGUUUACCAGAGUCUAACACAGAAGUCUAUCUUAACAACUCAAGUAGUUGCAGGAGAAUUUAAAUGUGCUCACACUGGAUGUUGCAUGUUUCGUUGGUGGUUCAUACUAUUUUUGUGUCCAGAUAUUAUUAAAGAAAAAACAAGAAUGAGGUAGAGGAAGAUAUAGAACAAAAUGUUAUAGAGGAGGAAAUUAUGGAGAAUAAAUAUUGACGAUGUAUGCUGACUGUACAAAGAUUAUGCUUGUAAAACCUGUCUGGUUUUUCACUUGUAAGUAAACAGAAAAAAUCUACUGUCAUGGUUUUGUGAUUGUAUACAGGAGGUAUUGAUAAAUUAUGCAAAAUGUGCUGUAAAAAUGGCUGUUGCCCCAUGUCUAAAUAUUAAAUAUCAGUACAAAUGAA